AUGCGCCGCCUUGCAGUCCCGCUCGCCCUUCUGCUCGCCAGCACCGCCUGCACGACGAUGGAGGGUGCCGCGCCCGUCGCCGCUACGCCCGCGCGGAUGGUCUCGCCCAUCCUCACCACGCCCGACGCCGUCGACAGCGCAACCUAUGCGCAGCCGCAGGUUGCGCGGGUGACGCAUGUCGCACUCGACCUCGAUCUCGAUUUCGAUGCCAGGCGUGUCGGCGGUGUCGCCGAUCUCGACAUUCUCGCCGCACCGGGUGCCAAGGAGAUCGUGCUCGACACCAAGGGGCUGGAAAUAACCGGUGUGACCGAUGGCGCGGGCCGUGCACUGGCGUAUGAAAUCGGCGAAACGGUCGAGGAAGGCGGCAAGGGGGCACCGCUGACGAUCGCGCUCGACGGCGCGACCAAGUUGCGCAUCGCCUAUCGCGCACCGGCCAAUGCCGAGGCACUGCAAUGGCUCAGCCCCGAACAGACCAAGGGCGGAGUACACCCGUUCCUCUUCAGCCAGGGCCAGGCGAUCCUCAACCGCAGCUGGAUACCGACGCAGGACAGCCCCGGCAUUCGCCAGACCUGGGAAGCGCGCAUUACCGCGCCCAAGCCGCUCGACGUGGUGAUGAGCGGCGUGCGUCAGGGGGAGCCCGAAGACCUCGGCAAUGGCCGCCGCGCCUUCCGUUUCGUAAUGGACAAGCCCGUUCCGCCCUAUCUUAUCGCGCUGGCCGCGGGUGACAUCGAUUUUGCCGAGCUCGGGCCGCGCACCGGCGUCUGGGCCGAACCCGCGACGCUGCCGCGCGCGGCCCGCGAAGUCGGCGACACCGAGCAGCUCGUGUUGGCAGCCGAGAAGCUCUACGGCGAAUACCGCUGGGGUCGCUACGACAUGAUCGUGCUGCCCCCCGCAUUUCCCUACGGGGGGAUGGAAAACCCGGUGAUGACCUUUCUUACCCCGACCUUCAUUGCCGGAGACCGCUCGAACAACGGCCUCGUCGCACACGAGCUGGCCCACAGCUGGUCGGGCAACCUCGUCACCAAUGCGGUGUGGGAGGACAGCUGGCUCAACGAGGGC